ACACAUCCAUUAAUUAUUGUGCUUUUUUUCCCCAAUUCUGUUAGGAUGGACAAAUCUGAACUCGAUACCUGGCGGUUACUGUGGAUGGAUGGAAGGAUGGUUAGAAGCAGGAAGAGAGGGAAAAAAAGAGUGGACCACUAGCCAAAGGCAUGCUAAAUGGCCAUUAGGGAGAAGAUCCAUGUAGAAGACAGCCAGUGCAUCUGCUGAAGGGACACAAUAGAGAGCAAGAAUGAGACGGGGAUUAGUUGGCCUCACAUGCUGCCCGCGAUCUUUCUCUCCAUUGUGGUGAGAACAAUGUGGUCAUGCUGGGGGAUGUUUAAAAGGGAUAAGCAGAGCGGCAGGCGCAUAACAGCGGCAGAGAAAGGGAGACAGAGACAUCGAGAGAGUGUGUGAGUUACUGCAAGAUUCUUCAUGCUGUAUACACUAGCUGGUGGGGGGACACUCUGUGGAGUUUCUGCCCUGGUGCUACUCAUUGUUUCCACUUCUACUGAUUUCUGGAUGCAGUAUCGUUACUCUGGGAGUUUGGCCAGUCAAGGGCUUUGGAGGUUUUGCAUUAACCACAAGUGCCACAGUCACACCAUCACUGUAGCAUUCUGGGAUGCCACACGUGCAUUUAUGUUGUUGGCCAUCCUUAGCUGUUUCACUGGCAUCAUCUUAGGCUUGAGUGCCUUUGUGAAUGGAGCCAAGAACAAGAAAGUGAAGAUGGCUGGCAUUGCACUGAUCAUCUCUGGUUUCCUAGCACUUCUUGCUCUUGCCAUUUACACUGGGGUAACAGUGCACUUCUUUGGGAAGCGGUUUGUUGACUGGCGGUUCUCUUGGUCCUACAUCCUUGGCUGGGUAGCAAUCAUUCUGUCUUUUGCUGCUGGUGUUUUUCAAUUGUGUGCUCACCAGAAAAAUAAUAAUGCAGAGCCCACCAUCUCCAACCUGCCUGACAGCUAGAUGGUUUGUGCAACAAGCUAAAGAGGUUCCAUCUCUUGCGUAACUGCAAAACAUUUUAUUGUGUGAGACAAUGUCGUUGACAGUUGGUCUAUGUUUGAAAUGUGCCUUUCUCCCAGCACCGACACACCUUUAGCAAGCUUUAUCUCCACUGUGACUGAAUGUGUGGAGCCACAUUAGUGAGGUUCCCUCUCUAACAGUGACAACCCCUCACUUGCUUGACUGAGGCUGAAAUUAAGUAUUUGCUUAGGCUCCAACUUUGUCUUUCACUCUGUGAUUCUGCCGCUAACAUACUUAACAGUACAGGGCCUAUCUUUAAUGUGACUGACAGCCACUUUUGCCCCAAUUAUGACUGAUAAUAGAGCUGCUCCAUUAAUGUCACUCACUCUGAAGCUCUUAACAUGCCUGUUACAGAGAGUCUGCCUCUUACAUGAUUGGCAAUGAAACUCCAUCGAAUUCACAUUAGAGAUAAAAAUGGGGAUUUCACUUCCACUCUUUAUUAAACACUACAACUUCAGUACACUCAUCACUAAAUCCAGACAGCCGAUUUAUUUAUGACUUGAGAGGCACAUGAUCACAGGUCCGGUCUCCUCUAAUCUACUGAAAUAUUUUGAUUCUGUGGCCCAUUAUUCAUUCCUACCUUGCUACUAAAUUGAGCCCUAGCUGCUUUUUCAAUGUUAUCUUUCAAGAUUUUCAGAUUCAGUGAUUGAAUUCUGUCUCUGACUACAGACUUAUUCUUGUGAUCCAAACCUUAAAUCUACGAGGUCUGUCCAGAAAGUAUCCAGCCAUGUAAUACGAAAAAGAGAUACAUUUAUUGAAGAAGAUACAAAAUACAUUGUACAUAAGACAAUGACACCUCAGUCCCAUUCAAAGUAGGCACCUUGGGACCUCACACAGUUCUCCCAGCAUCUCUUCCACUGUUCAAAACACUCUGCAAAAUCCUUUAUUGGAAUCGCCAUCAGCUGCAUCGUUGUAUUUUCCUGAAUCUCAUUGAUGGUCUGAAAUUUCUUCCCUUUCAAAGGUGAUCUUAGUUAUGGGAAAAGCCAGAAGUCACAGGGUGCCAAAUCUGGGCCAUUUUAUUUGCACUGUACUCACUGCAUUAUCCCCAAAAGCCUUCUGAAUCAUCCAAAUAGUUUCAGCGGAUGAAUGUUCAAGCUUAACGCAAAUGUUGAUAAAGAUUUGUUCCUCUACUUGCUCAGUCAUUUUGAAUGCGAUGGCCACACAUUAUGCUCACUCAACGGCAUCUAGCACCCUCCACUGACUAGUCCAGCGAAGUCAUCAUUGUUCACACAUGUCCAUGUUACACUGAUGCUGCGAAAGCUGUUCACGUUAUAUUAACAAUGGCUGGACUUUUUCCAGACAGACCUUGUAUACCCUCCUAGUGAAUAUCUAAUCUGAGGAGGGUACUGUUUGGUCUUUAUAUCAUGUAGCAUCUUUCAUAGUGGCUGUUACUGUAAGGGAGCAAAUGGAAAUGUAAUUCUUAAACCUUUAUUAAGAAGGCACAUGGGUUAGAAACUAUAGGGAGUACAGCACCAAAUCUGACGUUCCUACAAACAAACAACAAAAACCUAAAGAUGGACACGUAUCAUGUGUGCGGCCUCAGACAAUGGGAAUAUCACCAUCUGUGUGUCUCAUGCGAACCUGCACCAUAGUCUCCUCCACUGCUGGAUUUCACCCAAAAUGCUUUCUUAAUUUUGUCAGAUUGUUUCCUUUACGUGAAGCCUGGUAGGUGAUUACAGCAAUCCUUA